AUAAACUUGUGGCUCACAAUAUUUCCCUCUUUGCUUAUGCGGCAUUCCUCUCCAUUUCUUUAUUUACCAAACUAUGACUUCUAACUUCCCUCAGUCCUUCCCUUCCUUCAUGUUUCUUCCCUCUCUCUCUCUCCCUCUCUUCUAUUGCCUCCUUGAUCCAUCAGAAACACCACAACACAAGUUUAAGGAUACCAUCUCAUCAUCACAUUAACUUUAUUACAAGUAGCAGAAAUGUCCGAAGCGAUUAAGCUGUUUGGCAAGACCAUUCCAUUGCCAGCUCUUUACCACUUAUCUUCUGCUAAUGACCCUUGUUCACAAGCAACAGGAGAUGAUCUCGAUGACUUCUCCGAUAAAACUACUGCUUCUUUACAUGAAUAUGACUCUGUAAAGGAACAACAAGCCCAAGAUACGAAUAGGGAACCUUCAGGAAAAGAAGUCACUGAUGAUAAACAAGAAGUUAGCACCUCAAAUCAAGAAGCUGAGGACUUAAAAGAUCCAACAACAACACAAUCACGAAUUAAUGAAAAGCCUGAAACUUCCUCAGCGAACAGAGAAACUUCACCAUCCAAAGAAAGCUCUGAGAAUGGAGAACAACAAAAUGAGACAAGUAAUAACUCGCAAGAAAAGACCUUAAAGAAACCUGACAAAAUACUCCCAUGCCCUCGAUGUAAUAGCAUGGAUACAAAAUUCUGCUAUUAUAACAAUUAUAAUGUCAAUCAGCCCCGCCAUUUCUGCAAGAACUGUCAAAGAUACUGGACUGCUGGAGGAACCAUGAGGAAUGUACCUGUUGGCGCUGGACGGCGAAAAAACAAGAGCUCUUCCGCAUCACAUUACCGGCACAUAAUUGUAUCAGAAGCUUUACGAACAGCACAAGGCCAUGCUUUGAAUGGGGUUCACAACCCUUCUUUUGGAAGUAGCAGUACUGUCCUUACCUUUGGUGCAGAUUCUCCUCUUUGCGAAUCUGUAGCUUCCGUGCUGAAUCUUUCAGAGAAAAAUGGAUACCAUAGACCUGAACAAAGAAUUCUUGUUCCUUGUGGAAGAACAGCUGAUAACGGGGACGAUAGAUUGAGUAGAAAUUCUGUCACAGCUUCGAAUGCAUUAGAGAAGGGAGGUAAAAGGGUUUCGCAAGAAACAGUUACUAAAAAUUAUCAAGGCAUUGCUCCUCAGGUACCAUGCUUUCCAGGGCCACCUUGGCCUUAUCCAUGGAGUUCCCCAUUGCCUACUCCACCUACUUUUUGCCCUUCAGGAUUUCCAGUAUCAUUUUAUCCUGCACCAGCCUAUUGGGGUUGUACUGUUCCAAAUCCAUGGAAUGUUCCUCCAUGUCUAUCUCCACAAUCGCCUUCAGUAAAUCACCGCGCAGCGGCGAGCUUGAGUCCUACGUCUCCAUUAGGGAAACAUUCAAGGGAAGGUAAUAUCCUGAAACCUGUCAAUUCCGAAGAGCCUUCGGGAGAGAGCAAUUGCACGGAAAGAAGUGUUUUGGCUCCAAAAGCUUUGAGGAUUGAUGACCCAACCGAAGCUGUAACAAGCUCAAUAUGGGCAACUCUUGGGAUCAAGUGUGAAAAAACAAAUUUGAAUGGAGGACUCUUUGAAGGAUUUCAGUCGAAAAAUGAAAACAGAAAUUACAUAGCUGAGAGAAAAUCUUCGGUGUUGCAAGUCAAUCCGGCUGCCUUGUCGCGGUCUCUCAACUUCCAUGAGAGCACCUGAUGAAAGGAAUUGAGAUGCAUGUACACUGUUGCCUCUCACACAACAACACAAUGUUUUUCCCGAACAAGCAACGAAUGGACCGACUUGUAUCAGUUGUGGAGUAUAUUCCAAUAUAGAGGAAAACCCAAAAAAAUAGGAACCUAUCUUACCUUACAGGAGACCAUAGCCUCUAAUCGCCUUCAUAGCAUAAUGAUCAACCGGUGUUUUGCCUUGACCUUAGAUGGUUUUUUUCUUUCAAGUUUUUGUGUACAUAUAUAUGUGAGAGUGUGUGACAUGUACCUUGAAACAAAAGAGAAUCUUGGAUGUCAUAAAAUUCAAAAAUAACUGGAAAAUUUCAGUUCAAUAACUUUUAUGGCUCUAGGCUCUGAAAAAUCUGAGUUGAAUUUUUGCAGAUUCUUUCACUGACA